CAGUUCGUGUCGCGCGUCGCCGGUGGAAGGUCGAUUCGCUACCGCUUCCCGUUCCCGCGUCGUCUCGUCCAUCCCGGCGCAUUCCGCGUACAAAGAGUAUCGGGAGUGUCGAAUUUAACGAAUCGUACGAUCGUUGGUAUGUCAACUUGAUCGACGAUCGCGACGCGUUCGUCGAUAUUCGCGAUCGUCGAUGUACGCGAUCGUCGUUCGCGUUUCGAUCGGACCGACCUCCAGUGAUCCACCGUUUGGAAGAAUAUUACGUAUCUCGCGUCCUUCGACGAGCAUCGCGAGUGUUAUUUAGCAUCCGGAUUAGCGAGGGACAUAAUCGGGAUCGUCGAAAGAGAUCGAUCGAGACAGAUCAAUCGAUCCAGUUCGUCUAUAAUAUUCGCGUAACGCCAGCGCGUCCGCCAUGAUUGACGACGAUGUCUUCUCGGAAUUUUAACGUCGGUCCAAAAUCCAUUGCGCGCCAAAAGUGCUGAAUUUACAGUACGAUCGUUUUCAAUUUUCCUACUAGAUCGCGCUAGUGAACGCGUAUCUAUGAUCGAUAUCGACCGCGUCCCGUCAUAGAAAUUAUUGUUGUAUGCGCCCUUCGAAGGUGUUUUACGAAUAUACGUAAUGGAUUCUCGUGAGUGUGAUCGAGUGUCGGGAGUGUCGAAUGAUUUACCAGGCGAUCGUGUGUCAGGUAAUCGGUUCGAUCGCGAUUACACACGUUUGUUGAUACUCGAUAUUGUUCUGCAUUCGUUGGAACAUUGACAUGAGUGACGCAUUAUUCAGCGUGUUUAGCGUUAUUCGCAGUUAUGAGUGUUAGUGUACAAAGAAUCAUCGCGAUAACUACGGAAAGUAUCAAGUAUCAAGGAACAUCGAGAAACAUCGAAGGCUCGAUUAAUGGAUUAAUGGAUUAAUUGAGAGGGAUGACCGCUGUUGAGAGAGUCUCCGUUGUGAGAUGUCUGUGAUUCACGGACGGAUCUCAUCCAGACGGAAAGACAGUGGAACGAACGGUGCUCGCGUUAUCGCUGGCUUCAACCCGGACAUUCGCAGCCCCGACUACGAAGUUAGCAUUCGCCAACGACCCUUUCGUUUCACCCUUAGGGAGAAUUUAACUACUGUAGAAUCCGGACAACUUAUUUCAUCUCUGAUCAACCUUGUGUACAACAAUUCUGCCAUUGCGCAUCGUAUCGAACAAAACCAUCACCGAUUGUCGACGGAUGAAAUUCGAUGCAUUAUGCAAUGUGCAUAAACACGAGCGUGCAGUCACUGUGGACAGUAUACAAAUGAGGUGGGUCUUCGAAGUGUCGACAUACGAACAGCAUAGGGAAAUAUCGCCGAUUUCUCCGCACGAAUCUCUUCCACUUCGAAUAGCUCGUCCGCCGUAUAAUUUCCGCGUCCGAAGCUAUUUCUAUUUUAAUAAAGCCGUUAUUUUUUUUUUCUGGCGGGACGCAGCGGCGACCGCGACAGUAGUUUCCGUUCCGCUGCGCAUGAAAUAAAAUGCACGAUAAAAGCUUGAAUUCUGAUGCGCUUUGCUUUAAUUAAAUUUAUCGCCACCGGUCCUAACAAUAAAAGCGAUUUAUAUUGUCACGAAAUAUAAUAAAAUAUUAUAUAUUGUAUAUAUAUAAUAUUGGAUUAUUCGGAAAGUUUUUUUUCUUGUUUUUUUCCUAUGAAAUUUAUAAAAUAAAUAAAUAUAAACCAAAAAAACUUUCCACACAAUUCAAUAUAUUUGCCAAAAUAAUAAAAUAUACAAUAGUAAUUUAACAUCUUUCUAUAUUGAAAACUUGUAAUAAUUUGAAAAAUUUUAAUAUAUUUAUA